CUGUCUCUCUGACACACACACACACAUACACGCUCCUGGAUUUGCAGAAGACAGACAUCUAGGGCACUUCUUGGCAUCUACAGGAAAAUCAUAUGGGAUUAAAAACCCACGGCAGAAUUGCCGAAAGCUGCCUCUCGAGGAUUACAAGUUCACCUUUUGCAUUUACGGCUGCUUGUUUACAAUCCAUGUGGUAACCUCUGGACAGGCAGGAAUCCAUUCAUUAUCCCCACUGAUUGAGGGCGGGAGCAGCGCAGUGCUAACUACUUCACUCAGCUGACGGCAGACAACAAAAGGAGGAAAAUGAUGAAUUCGGACAAUUUAACCUCCCAAAGCUUCCUCUCUGCGAUUCACAGCAACACCAGCAAUUUAUUCUCAGGGCUCCAGUUUGUUCAGUCCUUCAAGCCACUCAUCAUCCCCUGCUACUCGCUGGUGGUUUUUAUUGGUGUCAUUGGGAAUUACCUUCUCAUUUAUGUCAUCUGCAAGACAAAAAAAAUGCACAACGUCACCAACUUUCUGGUCGGCAAUCUGGCUUUCUCAGACAUGCUCAUGUGUGCAACCUGCGUGCCCCUGACCCUGGCCUACGCCUUUGAGCCCCGGGGAUGGGUUUAUGGGCGCUUCAUGUGCUACUUUGUUUUCCUGAUGCAACCCGUCACCGUGUUUGUGUCUGUCUUCACCCUGACUGUCAUAGCUGUGGACAGGUACUGUGCCACGGUGUACCCCUUCCGCAGGAGGCUCACCAUCCCUAUCUGUGCUUACAUCCUGGCUGCUAUUUGGCUGCUGAGCUGCACCUUGGCUGCCCCAGCCUUGGUCCACACCUACCACGCAGAGUUCCCUGAGCUGGACUUCUCCAUCUGCGAGGAGUUUUGGUUCCACAUGAAAAGAGAUCGCUUGGCUUACGCCUACAGCACCCUCAUCAUCACCUACGUAUUGCCUUUGGCUGUCAUCUCCCUGUCCUACCUGAGGAUCUCAGUCAAGCUGAAGAACCGUGUAGUCCCAGGCAAUGUCACCCAGGGCCAAGCGGAGUGGGACCGUGCCAGGAGGAGAAAGACUUUCCGCCUGCUGGUCUUAGUGGUGGCAGCCUUUGGAGUCUGUUGGCUGCCCCUGCACAUCUUCAACAUGAUAAAGGACAUCGACAUCAGCCUGAUUGACAAGCAGUACUUCAACUUCAUCCAGCUGCUGUGCCACUGGUUUGCAAUGAUGUCUGCUUGUACCAAUGCCUUCCUCUACGCCUGGCUCCACGACAGCUUCAGGGGAGAGCUGAAAAAAAUGUUUGCCUGGAGGAAGAAGAAAAUUGGACCCGCUACAAACUGCAUUAUGGCCAGUGUGGUGCUGUAAACGAGAGCUGGUGGGAGUACAUUGUACAUUAACAUUCAACAAGAUGCUUCACUGAAAGUCCCAGAGAGGAGCUGCAGAUGUAUCUGAGGGAAUAUCCAGAUGGAGAUGACAAAAAACCCCUCCACACCUACAUUUCCUACAAUUUUUACAUUCCCACGAGGCACUGGAGACAAGCAGCAGCAAGAGGACUGCAAAGAGAAGCUUGUGGCUUUCCAGCGUGGAGGUGGGAUCUGCGUCUCCCGCUGAGCACAGUUCUGGAUUUCCAGAUAACAUGCUGGAAAGGCAGCUCGUGGCUCAGGGCAGCAGGAGUGGUUUGAAAGCUGUGGUUUGUGAGAAGCUGUGCUGGGUGUGGGGCUGAGGAUCACUCAGUGCAGCUCAGGUUCUCCCCAGCACAUCACCAGGAAGGCGAUGUGCUCGGCUGGAGGCAGCCGUGCUCGGGGGAGACUGAUCAGCCCGAGGUGUUGUCUCUCUUUCUAGAGCUUCUCAGCCACAGGGAGAUGUGUUUGUUUGCUCCAUCACACCCACAGGACAGGUGAAAAUGGGAGAGCAAACGACAGGGGAGCCAUGGUGCACAGUUCCAGGCUGCCACUACCCAGCUCGAGUUUGUGACCUGUGUGUUUGGGAGUGGGAAGGAGAAUCAACAGCCUGUGCUGUGAACCAACCCCAUCUUGGGCUCGUGGAGGAAGGACAAGAAAGAAAAAAAAAGAAAAAAAAAAGUGUUUCUGAACU